GCGUCAAAGAAUUCAUCGCCGCAAUGAACGCCCCUCAUUAUCCAGAGCCCUCGUGGAUGCGUAUAUCUGGUCGCAAAACCCCACUUUACACAAGGCCAGUUGCUAGGAUCUGAGUUGUUUGAUGAUCGAACCAGUGUUUUACUUGAUGGUAUGACCGAUGCGUGUGUCGGCUUCACAUUUCAGAGCCUGUAUGCCGCGGACGAGGUGGAACAACGCGCCCGCAACGCCUUUGCUAGGCUUCGGUUUACGUGUCCCAUCAUUGCAACCAACAUAGUGGGCGAUGUUUCCGGUCCUAUCCCGAGAUCAUGGGUAUAUGCGCCUGUACAAAGCCUAUCGGAGCUCACGUGCUGGAUGGACUAUGCCUUUUGCACUGUACAACAAGAUCUCAACGUCGACGCUUUCGUCGAAGAUACUAGUCAACGUCGGCUCCCUUACCAGUCCCAGAACGCAAGUCCCCUUUGGUUUCGUUGCUACCUUCUCUUAGGCAACAACAAAAAUUACGGCCUCUAUUUUCAUGGCCCGCAUGCCAUCAUGGACGGUGGCCCGACACUCAGUGCCUUCGAACUCAUGUUCCAAUGGAUGACGAACGAUGCCACUGAACCUGCAGAGAACUUACCAUGGGGGACGGAAUGGCACAAUCUGCCCCUCGGGCCCGUUAGUGCCACAGGUGGUCCUCGUGAAGAUUGGAAUAUUGCGGGCAUUGAGCUCCUGAAGCAAUUAUCAGACUCCGAAGUGGUCCGCACGAUACCUUUGACCGUGCGUCCGUUUCGGAUGUCACAAACCGCCGUCGGAAAGACACGUAGACUGGAGCGAGUUCUUGACCCGACAUUAACGCGUAGGCUAGUCAACAAAACACGGAUGGUCGGUUGCUCGAUGUCCCAUUUGUUUGAGGCUGCAUAUUGCAUGGUGCUGCUCGACCGCAACCAACUUCUACCAUCCGUGUGGGAUGCUUACCAUUUUCUAGGAAACUCCUCUGCCAUCUCGCUGAUCCCGCACCUGAAACUACCCUACGAUACGAGGUCGCAUUUCAUCUCUUCCCGCACGCAUAUACCGAUCCAGAUUUCGAUGAUUGACAUAUCGCCCAUAGUCUCGCCCAGAUUGCAGCUCUUGCAAAUUGCCCAGGCCAUAGAGGAAAGAUACACCUAGGUUUGCUAGGCAUCCCUGUAUGCCCCAUGUCCAGGCUGCAAGGGCGUAUGAACCACAUGCCUUGUCGGAAAUACCAAACGUCGAGAGUUCCAUCAACAACGUUGGCCCCAUCG